AUGGCGGCAGGCGUGGCCACGUGGCUGCCCUUUGCGCGGGCGGCUGCGGUGGGCUGGCUGCCCCUGGCCCAGCAGCCCCUGCCCCCGGCGCCAGCGGUGAAGGCCUCUCGAGGGGAUGAGGUUCUGGUGGUGAACGUGAGCGGACGGCGCUUUGAGACCUGGAAGAACACGCUGGACCGCUACCCGGACACCCUGCUGGGCAGUUCGGAGAAGGAGUUCUUCUACGAUGCUGACUCGGGCGAGUACUUCUUCGAUCGCGAUCCGGACAUGUUCCGGCACGUGCUCAACUUCUACCGCACCGGCCGCCUGCACUGCCCGCGGCAGGAGUGCAUCCAGGCCUUCGAUGAAGAGCUGGCCUUCUACGGCCUGGUGCCUGAGCUCGUUGGCGACUGCUGCCUGGAGGAGUACCGGGACCGGAAGAAGGAGAACGCGGAGCGCCUGGCGGAGGAUGAGGAGGCCGAGCAGGCCGCCGAAGGGCCAGCCUUGCGGGCCGGCAGCUCCCUGCGCCAGAGGCUCUGGCGCGCCUUCGAGAACCCACACACUAGCACCGCGGCCCUCGUGUUCUACUACGUGACCGGCUUCUUCAUCGCCAUGUCAGUCAUCGCCAACGUGGUCGAGACCAUCCCGUGCCGAGGCCCCACCCGGCCGCCCCCCCCCAAGGAGCAUUCGUGUGGGGAACGCUUCCCUACGGCCUUUUUCUGCAUGGACACGGCCUGCGUGCUCAUUUUCACGGGUGAAUACCUCCUGCGGCUCUUUGCUGCCCCCAGCCGCUGCCGCUUCCUGCGGAGUGUAAUGAGCCUCAUAGACGUGGUGGCCAUCCUACCCUAUUACAUCGGCCUCUUCGUGCCCAAGAACGAGGAUGUGUCUGGCGCCUUUGUCACCCUUCGCGUGUUCCGGGUGUUCCGCAUCUUCAAGUUUUCCCGGCACUCACAGGGCUUGCGAAUUUUGGGCUACACACUCAAGAGCUGUGCUUCUGAGCUGGGCUUCCUCCUCUUUUCCCUCACCAUGGCCAUCAUCAUCUUCGCCACUGUCAUGUUUUAUGCUGAGAAGGGCACAAAGAAGACUAACUUUACUAGCAUCCCCGCAGCCUUCUGGUAUACCAUUGUCACCAUGACCACACUUGGAUAUGGAGACAUGGUGCCCAGUACCAUUGCUGGCAAGAUUUUCGGAUCCAUCUGCUCACUCAGUGGUGUCCUGGUCAUCGCUCUGCCUGUGCCAGUCAUUGUUUCUAACUUCAGCCGCAUCUACCACCAGAACCAGCGUGCUGAUAAGCGCCGAGCACAGCAGAAGGUGCGCUUAGCAAGGAUCCGGUUGGCAAAGAGUGGCACCACCAACGCCUUCCUGCAGUACAAGCAGAACAGGGGCCUUGAGGACAGCGGCAGUGGGGAGGAACAGGCCCUGUGUGUCAGGAACCGUUCUGCUUUUGAGAAACAACAUCACCACUUGCUGCACUGUCUAGAGAAGACAACGUGCCAUGAGUUCACAGAUGAGCUAACCUUCAACGAGGCCCUGGGUGCGGUCUCGCUGGGUGGCCGCACCAGCCGCAGCACCUCUGUGUCCUCCCAGCCAGUGGGGCCUGGCAGCUUGUUAUCCUCUUGCUGCCCCCGUAGGGCCAAGCGCCGUGCCAUCCGCCUUGCCAACUCCACUGCCUCGGUCAGCCGUGGAAGCAUGCAGGAGCUGGACACUCUGGCGGGGCUGCGGAGGAGCCCUGUCCCUCAGAGCCGCUCAAGCCUCAAUGCCAAGCUCCACGACAACCUUGACCUGAACUGUGACAGCCGGGACUUUGUGGCUGCCAUCAUCAGUAUCCCUACCCCUCCUGCCAACACCCCAGAUGAGAGCCAACCUUCCUCCCCUGGUGGCGGUGGCAGGGCCAGCAGCACCCUCAGGAACUCUAGCCUGGGUACCCCUUGCCUCCUCCCUGAGACUGUGAAGAUCUCUUCCCUGUGA